AUAUCCAGUUGUACAACUUAGAUACAUAAAAUUUUAUUUGACAAUUAUAUCUCAACAAAGGAGGGGGCAAGUAAUGUCCAGGGAUGUCCACGCAGGGGCAGUCUCCGUGGUGGCUGUGCCUGUUCCAAGGUCCUGUUCACGUUCCAUGCCUUGUCCACCCUCCUCCCGGUAGGUGGGUCUGGGUCUUUGCCCACAGAGACAUGAGGCUACGCUGGGUCCUGACAGCAUUGCCCAUCUGCCUGAGUGCCCUGGCCACGGUCACGUGGUCUAGUGGCAAACGGAAGCUGCAGAUCGAGGCCAAGAAGCAGGUGGACCACAGUCCAACGUCCCGCGCAAGACAGACGUCUUGCACAUGGCGCUGCACAGGAAAGCUGGCAGAUGCAACCAGGUUUAACAGAAGCUUUGCACAGAAUCAGCCUUUUGUUUUCUUCUUUGACCCAGGACAGGUCAUCAACGGUUGGGACCAGAAAUUGCUGCAUAUGUGUGGAGGGGAAAAGCAAAAGUUAGUAAGCCCAUCUGAGCCGGGAUGGGGGAGCCCUACCCCAAAGAUCCCAGGUGCUACACCGCAGAGUUCCAGGUAG